AUGUAUGAUUGGGAACAACGUCAGAUGUUAAAUUUGAAAACCUACAGUACAGUUAAAUUGCCUGAAGACAUCGAGAGGUUGAGCGUGGAUUCAACUGGUGUCGAUCAGAUUGAGUGUUCUGGUAGAGAUUUUUUGAGUAAGUGGUGUAUGAAACAGCUUUUUUUAAAAGGCGAAUUCGCUGUGGGGGUUUUUUUAAUAGAAGGACCGCAGAACAUUCCUAGUAGAAAGAAAGAUCUUGCGCAAGGAACACUAGAUGUUCAAAAGCCAGACAUGUCUGAUGGGGAUAAUAGGUUCCUUCGAGAAAGCUCCACAGAUUCUGGAAACAUUAGCGAAUCAGUAAAUCAUGAGCAGAAGGUUAUAAUGCUGAAGCUUAAAGAAUUACUUCGAGGUUUUUUAGAAGGUCCCCAUCACUUAAAAAGUUAUUGGUUACAGAAGAGUGAGGUUUAUGUGCAGUUAUUUGUGUUUCAUAGCUGGGAAAUCAGAACUGUAACAUCAACAUCUUUGCUCAACCUCAUCUUUGUUCACGUAAACGUUACUUUAAUAACCUGUUUUAAACAGGAUGGUGGUGCGGUGGUCUCGGAAUUGGGAACAUUCAGUAUGAAACGUAGAGGUCGAGAAAGAACAUCUCAGGAAGAGGACAGUUCUGAAGACACUGUACAGUCAAGCGAACGUGAUGAUGAGAGGUCUACUAAAAUUAGAAGAAAGAAGCGUCGGUAUGGAGCGAGUCAGUUUAUUUUGGACGAUGUUGAAGUUGAUGAUGAGGAAGAGGAAGCGAUAAGUUCGGAGGAAGGGGAAGAAAUGGGGAUUGAUCCUCAAGAGAGAGAGGAGGCAGAAAGAAUGAUGCGUCACCAGGAAGAAAUUUCAUGCGAGAGGAGGAGCCACAAUUUUUUUAGUGAUAUGAGCGAAGAGCAAAUUGAGGAAUAUUUCAAACAGAAGUACGGGAACCAGGCUAACGGUGCACAGACUACUUUUGAAGAGUCCGAUUGUUUUGGAAUUUCACACCAGGCACUGUUGCCUUGUGUGAAAGACCCAAGGAUAUGGAUCUUGAAAUGUCGAGUUGGAGACGAAAGGGAUAUUGUUCUGAAGCUUUUGAGGAAAACGUUUGGGUUAAUGAAUAGUGAUAAUCCAAUACAAAUCAAAAGUUGCUUUGUAAAAGAAGGGUUAAAAGGUUUUGUCUAUGUUGAAGCUUUCAAGCGGUCCCAUGUUUUAACUGCGGUAGACGGCAUUCCUGGUUUGAAUCCGUAUAGUCUGAAGAUGGUGCCUAUAGAAGAAAUGCCAGACUGUUUGAAAGUCGUGAAACGUUCAUUAGGACUUAAAAACGGCGCGUAUGUCCGAGUGCUUCGGACAAAGUACAAAGAUGAUCUAGCGCAGGCAUGGUUCUUUUUUGUUGAUCUCGUCGAUGUCCUGCAAAAUCGUGUUUAUCUAAAGCUUAUUCCUCGAGUUGACUACAUGAGGAGGAGGGGAGUGUUGAAGGAUAGGGCAAGUACUAAUUUCGAAGAAGUAGGUGGCGAAGUGACAACAGAUGGAGAUUUCUACAGUUUUGAAGGCGAUCACUAUCGUGAAGGGUUUUUGUACAAAUGGUUUCCUGUUGAUGCGAUAAAGAUUGAGGAUGUUGAGCCCAAAUUAGAAGAGUUGGAAAUGUUCCUCGAAAUGAACGGGGAGUUGAAAAGUGAAUGUGAGUUUGAUGAACAGUUACCUUUCUGGCAUUAUGUCAUCAUUUUCGGUCUAUAUUCAGUGGAGUCGGUAAAAAUCCCUUCUUUGGCAUCAAAGUUUGCGCCUGGAGAUGCAGUUGUAGUUGCUGAGGGUGAGUUGAUGAACUUGCGCGGUCGCGUCCAGAGCUGCGAUGGAAAGAAAGUUCUUAUAGCUCCAGAUCAUGAAGAUCUAAAAGAUUCGCUAACUUUUGAUGCAAGUGAGUUAAAGAAGUAUUUCAAAGUGGGUGAUCACGUGAAAGUGAUGCAUGGCAAGUAUGAGGGUGAAACCGGAUUCAUAGUCAGGGUGGAAGAGAACAAUAUUAUUUUUGUCUCGGAUCUGACCUUGAAUGAGGCUCGUUGUCAUGAACAUUUUAAGAUUACGGUCCUCCCACGCUUCGCAGAAAUCUGUUCUAACAUUGCUUCUGGGGUUGCAAGUAAUGGAAAUUUCCGUUAUUUGGACUUAGUAAAUUUGGACCAGCAUACUGUAGGGUGUAUUGUCCGUAUUGCGAAGGACCACUUUGACAUAUUGUCAAUGCAUGGAAAGGUUGAGCUUAGUCUCAUUGAAUAUAGUUGUUCAAAGUGUUUUUUGCAUUACAGACGGAUUACUCUUGUAGUUCAGUUGGCACCACAAGCCAUACGAGGAAGGCGAGAUUCUACCUAUGCUCAAGCGCUCGAUAAGGAGAACAAUAGUUUGCAUGUCAAAGAUAUGAUAAAAGUUGUUGAAGGCCCAUAUGCAGUUGAGGGUGGCGAAGAACACCAGCAGGGUGAAAUAUUACAUCUUUAUCGGUCAUUUGCCUUUGUUCGUUUACGUAACAAGUUGGAGAACGGUGGCAUAGUUGUUUGUAAACCUCGACACUUGCAACUGAUAGGAGGUAAAGAUACACCAGUUUGGAUUCUUUCAAACCGUGUUAAUUCGGCACUAAACAGAACUCCCGAAAGCAGUUACCGUUCAUCACCUGCUUCGACAAGGUCGGUUAUUCAGAGGGAUUCUUCGUAUGCCUAUGGGUCCGCAACCCAAGAUAAUUGGAGGGCUCAAAAAGUUCGUCGUGAUAAUCAGUUGAUCGGUAAGAAUGUGCGGAUUAUACAAGGACCAUUGAAGGGCUAUUUUGGUAUCGUAAAGGAUUCAACGGACCAAACUGCUCGCGUUGAGUUGCAUACGAAUUGUAAAACUGUCAGCGUUGACCGGUCGAGAUUACAAAUUGUUGGGUUUACGAAUGGUUUCCAAGUUUUCGAGCCUGCAACUUACGGAACACCGACAAGCGAUUCUGGGCGAACUCCAAUGUAUGGAGGUGAUGGGAAGACACCUAUGUAUGCUGAUAGGUCACCGUAUAAUCGUACGCCGUCAAGCAGCCAUUCUCCGGAAUAUAUUAGUAGUUCUGCUUGGGACCCAAAAGUUACGAGCCCGCUUAGAUACAAUGUUGUCUCAACUCCACUGGAUUCUUUGAGUGCUGAUUCAGCCACCGACAGGAUUUUCAGUGAUAUGGGUUUGGUGAAUGAUGUAGAGAAUGCUUUGCUGCCAGAUGACUGGGUCGAUGUUGAAAUGAUUGUUCGUUUCAAAAGCAACUAUUCGAAUCCAAACCUUCAUGGACUGGAGGGAACUGUUAGAUCAGUUGUCAGAGGGGAGAAGCAGUGCAAUGUUUACUCGUUUGAUCUUGAUGACGAAGUCUCUGUGAAUUUCAACGAGAUCCUUCCAGUCGAACCAAUGGAAGGUGACAGGGUCAAAGUUAUAUUUGGUGUCGAGGCAGGACGCGCUGGCACCUUUGUUUCAAGGGAUGGAACUGAAGUUAUAAUUGACGACGAAUUAGGCAACAGCAUUUCUGUGCACGUGGAACAGAUAUGCAGAAUGGAAAAUGCGUGA